UGUGUCCCUCGGACACAGCGGAUCACGGAAAGAGCCAAAGAUGUCGGCUCGGUCAUGUGAUCAGCUGUAUCCAAUCACAGCUGAUCACAUGGCACUGAUGAUCAGUGUGCCCUGAUGAUCAGUGUGGCCCCAGAAGUGCCACCUGUCAGUGCUUAUCAGUGCCAGUGCCCAUUAGUGCCACAUCAAUGCCACAUAUCAGUGCCCAUCUGAGCUGCCUUUCAAUGUCACCCAUCAGUGCCAAUCAGUGCCACCUAUCAAUGCCUAUCAGUGCUGCCAAUCAGUGCCACCUAUCAGUGCCAAUCAGUGUCACCUAUCAGUGCGCAUCAGUGCCGCCAAUCAGU